CACAGCUGCAGAAGUGCGCUGCUGAGCUGCGGUGAGGAGACUCGCUCCGCCCGGCUGCUCCUCCCACAGCUUAUCGGCGCGGGGCUGCUGCUGGCAAGGAGGACCAGACGAGAGGAAGGCGCAGCACCCGCUUGGGCCCUCCACCAAGAGACCCAGCUGGCAGCGUCAAUUCCCACCAGUUCAUCUGACUUCUGCCCAGACUCUGAAAUGCCAACUAUGUCGAGGCCUGCACUUGAUGUCAAGGGUGGUACCACCUCUGUGAAGGAGGAUGCCAACCAGGAGAUGAACUCUCUGGCCUACUCCAACCUUGGGGUGAAAGAUCGCAAGGCAGUGACCAUCCUGCACUACCCUGCAGCCACCUCAAAUGGAGCCAAAGCCAAUGGGGUUCCCACCAGCUCCUCUGGAUCACCAUCUCCAAUAGGCUCUCCUACUACCACCUCUGCUACCAAAGCUCCACCCUUCAAUGUGAAUCCUGCCCCUCAUCUGUUGGCUACCAUGCAGCUGCAGAAGCUAAACAGUCAGUAUCAGGGGGCCGCAGCGGCUGCUGCGGCCACUCCAGGCCAACCGUGGGAAGCAGGGGCCCUGCAAAACUGGGCCUUUGGGGCCCAGGCAGGAACAGCAGGGUCAGCCUCUCCUCCUGCUGGUGCCCAGAGCCCUGCUAUCAUUGAUUCUGACCCAGUGGAUGAGGAGGUGCUAAUGUCUCUGGUGGUAGAACUAGGGCUAGACCGAGCCAAUGAGCUUCCCGAGCUGUGGCUGGGUCAGAAUGAGUUUGAUUUCACUGCAGAUUUUCCCUCUGGCUGCUGAUGCCAAGUAUCCCUAAAAAUUGAGGAACAAAGCCACUAAUUCUGUUGUAAAUAAAAGUUACUUGCAGAGAGA